GCUUCAUGCAAAAUAUCCGAAAGCCAGAAAAAUCAAAGCAGAGCAAAAGCACCGCAAUGAAUGCCAGUAUUAAAUGCAGCAGCGUCUACCCACCUUUCUUCUUCUUCCUCCAAAUAGCCUUUUUCUUUCACCAAAUGGAUCCUCAAUGUCCACUCCUUCCCCUAAUUAUCUCACAAACUUAGGCCUCGGCUAUUCCAUCGUCAUCGCCCUUGGUUUCUUCGUCCUCCUCGCCUCCUACAUCUGUUGCCGCUCCUCCACUCCCAACACCACCGCCUCCAUCUCCGAUGGAAACUCUCUCCCCAGGAUCAUUUUCGUCGCGGAAGACGGGGACGACGGGAACGCCGUCGUGGGGCUCGACCAGGCUGUUAUAAAUUCUUACCCCAAGUUCCAGUUCAGUAAAGAUCAACCGUCCGCUGCGGAUCCCGGCGAGGUUAGCACGGUGUGUUCGAUUUGUUUGAGCGAGUAUAGAGAUUCGGAGAUGUUGAGGAUGAUGCCCGAGUGUAGGCAUUAUUUCCAUGUUCCCUGUCUUGAUGCUUGGUUGAAACUUAAUGGGUCUUGGCCCGUUUGUCGGAACUCCCCGCUUCCGACUCCGUUUUCUACACCUUUGUCGGAAGUCGUUCCUUUGUCCCAGUACGCUGCCGAUCAAAGGACUCGAAGGUGACUUAUGGGGGAAACCAAUAUUUCUUUUUGUUAGUCAUUGAAGAUCUCAUAUAGUUUCGGUGGUUGAUUUCUUUCUUUUCUCUCUGUUGGGUUGUUUCAAUCGAAGAGAGCAUUUUUUCUUUUUUCUUUUCAUCACUUAAAAGAGAGCAUU